GACAUUCUCAAUCUUGACUCGCCUGUGAAUACCACUCGCAGAACUCACUCAACCGAGGAACGCACCACCUUUAUGGAGUUUUUGUUUGCAUACAAUGCAUAUAACUAUAAAUUUCACAAUAUGCAUGCAGGCUGUACAGUUGCACAUCGGCUGACGGUGCCUUUUGAACGCUCCUUAUGUUGCUGGUGUACGUGGAGGCAUAUUCAUGUUGACGUGUAAAAUCAUACUCGGACAUGUCGCAAAGGAAUCCUAUACUAACCCUUACAACUCGUGUAAAUUUCAGCUGGUAAAAAAGAAAAGUUCGCACGCCGAUGGGGUGCAUGUAUUAAAUCAACACCUACUGAACCCUGGUAUAUACUUCGUACUGGAAUCAAAUCAUGGAGCAAGUCACUUUGAGUCACAUUGUAUUGUGCCAUGUCAUAGUCAUCACUAUGUGCACAUUUGUCACUAGCAGCUCGAUUCGCCUAUAUGGAGGAUCUUCCGAAAAGGAGGGCGUGGUCCAUGUAAGGGUGGCAGAUAUGUGGAAAGGCAUUUGUAACGAUGGAUGGGAUGCCCUCGAUGCCCUGGUCACGUGUAGACAGCUGGGAUUCACGGAAGGAUACGCCAUGCUAUUCAACGAUGAUUACGUCCAACCCCCUCCUAAAACUACAGAUGUCCCUUUGGUUGAUAAUACUAGGGUCUAUAACUCGGGUGAUGUGGCUGAUAUUGAUGAUUAUGGAGGAAGGGGGUCUUCGGGAGCGUCAACCGAGUUUUUCAUGAUCAUGGGAAAUGAAUUUGCUUGCAACGGCAGUGAGGAAUCUCUCUUGUCCUGCAAAUACAAGCCAUACAACGGGUACUGUAGAAAACGGGCCGGAGUGGUUUGUGACAUCACUCCUCAACAAUUUAACCAACUCCUCGCCAACGUCCAGGGCGAUUAUGAACCUCUUUCUUACACCAUAGCCCCGAAUGGCCAUUCGGAAGGCCGAGUGCUGGCCGUUCAGCAACGGGACUAUACUCGUGUGAUUGUCACCGGCGGUGUUUGUGAUCUUGGUGAAAAGGUGGCUCCCAUAUUGUGCGACGACACACAGGGAUACACUAAUGGCGGAAGGGCAACACAGCCACCUAGCUUCGAAAACCUACCAAUGCUUGUCAAUAGGCUAUCGUGCAAUAGUGCUUACUGGAUAGGGGGCUGUGACGCUGAGCUCUCCGUUGAUGGCGCGUGUCCUUCUGGGGUCCAUGGAAAGGGCAUCGAGUGCUACACAACACUGAGGCCGUCCGUCAUGGGAGCACUGGUCUUCGCUGGCGUCGCCACCAUGAUCAUCCUCGUCGUCGGUAUGUGUUUUAUUCAUUGGAUCAGGAAAGAUAGGAAGUCGGGUUUUAACCAUUCCAUUCUCAGAGUGAGUGAUGAUGGCGGACCUGUGUCCAGCUAACCAUGGCACCACACCUUUACUUGUCUUGUCACGAACUUCGUCUAAAAAACGUUGAUUUAAUGCCUAAUCCCACUGGCCAACGGACACAAAACGUAUGCAUAACGGAUACAGCGGACAAGCAACAUUUCGGGGUGGCUCCAUCCGUUUUCAUCCGCUCCAGAUAUCGGACAAAAUGGGCGAACAAUGAAAACACAUUGGGCGGAUGCUCGAUGGAUAUAGAGCGUAUGAAACGCGUAUGCAGAGAGUACACAACGGAUACAUAACGAUUUCCAACGGAUGGCAAGACUCUUUUCUGAUUUACACCCUCUCUGCAUCCGUAAGUGCAGUGGGACCAAGCCUUUAGUAUCGUCUCACGGAAAGUAUAAACAUGAUAAACGGAAGUUCUUGACACUCCAUUGCUAAUUAUUUUCAUGGGGAAAGGGAAUGCAAUAUAUUUUUUUGUAAUACACUGUAGUUGUCAUUAUGAUCUAAAAUGUUAAAGUAACGAUUGGACUUUUGACAUUUAAUACUGUAAUUGUUAUUUCAUGGUAUUAUGCUUCUUAAAGAUGAAUGCAAGUUGUGGUAAUCAUUUCAAAAUGGGUCCAUACAGGAUUGAAUAAAAUGGCCAGCCAAGUGUCUUGACCAUGUAUAUGACAAAAUGUGCCUUGUGAUUCUGGAAGAAAUGUUGUCAUUGCUCAGGUAUUAGUAAAAUAAGCAUUGCAUUUCAGAAAAAAAAUAUAUAUCGUGUUUCAACUUAGAUUUCUGGAUUUCGCAAGAGUCAGUUUUUGUAAGAGUACCUGGACCAGAUCUAUAUCUAUCAUGUCUAUGGUAAUAAUCUAUGUUGACAAUUAUCAUUGGUUUUAUAUAGACUUCUCGUGUAAUCAAUAUUUACUGCAUAUCCUUCCAUUUAAACCACAUGCAAUACAAAUGUUAGACCUACAGAGGAUAUUCUGUAGAAGAAUUUACUUUACAAUACGAAACAACGUCUCUAGAAAGGAGAGUCUUUCAAAUGUUGGUUUUACUAUAGUAAUUUCUAAUAUCGUUUCAGAAAGUCACGCUAUGUUAAACACACAAGUUGGAAAACAUAUCAAGGUUGAAAACGCCUCUUAAAUUGCCAACAAUCAUGGUAAAUGUCUCAACACUCACAUGCCUUUAGGAACGUACUUCCACAUUUUUGAAAAUCUGAAAGAAUUCGUCUUUUGUGGGGAAAUAGCAAACAAAAAGAAGACUGGGGAUUGAAGCCCUGAAUUGAUGAUUCUGGAACAUGAAAUGAUCCGGCAUCAUUUUAUAAUGAUUUCUUUUCUUCUCCCAAAUCUCGCACAAAUCUAAGACCAAAUUUGUGACUGCGGUUCUGAAAUAUCCCCCACACCAUGUAAGUAUAUAUUAGAUUCAAAGUUGCUCAAAAUCGAUUCGGGGAAGAUACAAAUCCGAUGACAUUUCAUGCCUAGCCGAAAUUAAUGUUUAUUGCCAGAAAAUGAUCGCAAAUAAUUCCCAUCGAAUGACAAUACAAACACCUACGAAAAAGACAGAAAUAUAUACAUUAAAAAGACAAUAAAAAUACAUAAGAAAACAUUGAGGAAUUUUUAAUGUGAUUUUGUUCAAAGUUCCAUAGUCUAUAAACAAAACAUAAGCUCUUCAUUAACAAAUUGUCUAUCUAGAUGUACGGGCAAAUGAGCAUAAUUAAUAAAAACAAAUCUGAAUAAAUUAGGAAGAAUCAUAAUCAGGGCUCUACAAUUUUUUUUUCUCGCAAGUUUUUUUUCAUCACUUGCCCGACAGGGCAAGUGAUGAAAAUAAUUUGAUAGCCCGAUAAAAAAACUGCUUGCCCAAUUUGUUUUAUAAUUUUCUUUCAUUAUUUGUUUUAUGACGGUACUAUUAUUUUUGAAGGUCAUACAAAAUUAAAACGAUUGAGAAUCAUGUAAAGCAAAGAGCACACAUUUAUAAGUUUAUUUUCAGCAAAGUAGGUUCGAGUCAUUACGUUUAUUAAAAAAAAAAACUUUCGCUAUACUAGUAGAUCUAAAUGGGCGUCGAAGGUAAAAAACCUUCACAAAAAGUUGCUAAAAUUUCAUAUUUUGCAUCUUUAAAUCCAUGAAUGGUCAUCUGUUUGCCACAUUUCCUUGGAAUUGUUUUGAUUUAGUUGGAAAAAAAUAUUAAGAAAAUGAAGAAUAUUCAGCUCUUUCUUGACUCUGCAAAAGAUCAUUUUAUUUUUAGAAUACCCCAGGCUUAUUCUGGUUAAGGAACACGUUGUCUCUCUAUUUACACGUUUCUAAUUUAUGGUUGAAUUAUCACACUUUGUUUGUUAAACGUGUUAAUAUGGUUUUUAUGCUACUUGCCUUCAUUUUAAUGAAAGAAUAAGGAAACAAAAACAAAAAUAAACAACGGGCACAAUUUCCAUUUUUACCCCUCCUUUCCACGAGAUGCCUUAGAAUAUUUAUUGCCUAGUUGUUAAUUAUUUAGUAGUGGAAGUAUUUAAUCAUGAAGCUGGAAAUAGAAGAGACGCUUUUACUUUUUUCUUGUUGGCCAACGUCUAAUGGUAAAAGAGCUGUCUCUGAUUUAUCGGAUGCUAUUGUUGCAAGUUUUGUUUGUUACAUCAAUGUAGCAGGAUAAUUGUUUACACUCCUUUCUGUUUAUGUUUGCUGUUUCUUGAAAUUAUAAAAUUUAUUGUUUUGUACACAAUGUAUUUUGAAGGUUUUCAUUGCAGCGUAAAAACUAGUAAGAAUCUCCAACAGAACAGAAACAAAAAGACUUAGAUAAAGAAAAAUAAUAAUUCUACAAACUUAA